AUGCGUUNAAAAGAUCUACUAAAUGACUCCUUAGUGAAUAAACACUGGCAGACCAUCUACAUGCAGAAACAUUUAACAAAUCAAAACUAUGUGAAUGCAACAUUUUCCCCGUCGGCAUUUGGGUUAAAAUGCCUUAAUCCAUCACAGGAACCGUCACCAUAUAAUCUGGUGUUGUACUAUGUGAGAAUGUAUGCAGCACAAACUAUUGGCCAAUCAAGAUACCAGAGCCACUUCGGAACGCGUGUGAAUGAGGAACUGUGGUGUGACUCCGGGUUAGUGUUUGUCCUCAAUCUGCGGAGAUACCCGUCCAUCAAGUGGCAAUAUUUCAUGUCUGUUGAUGGUCUGCACACUGAGUAUCCUGCACACCGAUCAGACACUGUUAUUGCAGCUGAUUGCAGCCAGUCUGGUCGUCAUGGACAUGUGUAUGAAGCUACAGUCAGACCUGAUGGUAAAAACAUAGUACUGCUGUAUGAUCUAGGAGAAGCUCUUACUCCAAGAUUACUUCUUACUGCAAAAGCUAUAGGCCAUCAGAUUGCAUCUACCAUAAUGCAACAUGACCAGAUAGCUGUGUUGGGAUUAGAAGGCAGCAUUGUUCGACCUGCAGCUCCUUGUAUGAAUUCCACACUGGUUCCUGCUACACACACUGUUAAACAUGCAAUUAGACGUUUUGUAAAUUACAUGGACAUACAUAAUGAGCCAACCAAUCAUAGCCUUGGACUCAUCACUGCAAUGGAGAUGAUUGCAAAUUGGUCAUCCAGCCUUUCAUCAUCUAAUAAAUCAGUAUUGUUAGUGUAUGUGACUUGUGGGAAGCUAAACAAGCACACUCAAAUCCACACAGUCUUGCAGCAUAUGGCUGUGAUGUUGGAUAUAAUACCAACAAAAGUUUUACUGAGUGCCUUUGGGCUUGGAAUAAGCAGAGAUCAGCCAUCUAGUGGAAGGCAGUUCUUAGAAGCACUUGCUUAUCAAGAAUUUAGCAAAUAUGAUAUUCAAACUACCAGACUGCCUAAUAAGGGAUUAGUGGUAGGAUUAGACUCCACUCUGAACGUUGCUCCAGUUAUCAAUAAUUUUUAUGAUGCUGUGCAUGAACCCAAGGGACACAGUGAUGGCCUGCAGAACUUGGUGAUCUCCGACCCUUACUGGGACGAAGAUGGGAGAGAUGGUAGCACAGUGUUUCUGGCAAUUGGCUCUUACGUCUCACCACUGAGCCAGGUGGCAAGUGGGCCAGAGACACUGAGUGCUGUCCAAAGCAUAACAGCUUACCUAAGUGACAGUACGCAGUUGAUAGCCAACCCAGGAUUAAGGAUGGGUGUCCGUACGGAUGCAGCUGCUGUCUAUCAGAUUUCAGACUUCUGGGAGAAACAGUUUGAAAACAGUGAUCUCAGUAAAUAUAUUGUUAGAAGAUAUGCAGCAGCCCCCUCUGGAGUGACGCUUAUGUACCCUGGCACUCUGUUAGAUCAGAUGUUUGACCCAAGAUCACAGGCUUGGUAUCUGAAUGCCCUUGCCAACCCAGGCAAAGUGGUUGUUUCUGCUCCUUAUCUUGAUCCUGGUGGUGCUGGACAUAUUAUUACCAUCUCUCACACUGUUUACCAGGGUGGCUCAGCAACAAUGCAUUCAUCAACUGAUCCAGUUGUGGCUGUCCUAGCAGCAGACUUCACACUUGGCUACUGGUACAAGUUGAUACUUGACUUAGAGCCAGCAUGUGCAAAUGAUGCCCGCUCAGAUGAGAAGUCUGUGAGUGUGAGAUGCUUUUUGAUGGACAACAAGGGAUAUUUGGUGGCCCAUCCCUCCAUGCUUUCUCCAUCCUCACCUAAUUUUGGAUCAGACACCCCACCUCACAUCACACAUCAGGAACCAGUUGUCUCCAUGGAACUUCUUGCAGGGGAAAUACUGACAAAGGCUUCAUGUGGCCGCUGGUGGCAUGGUGUCAGUGAGCGCCAUUACUCCCUCCGCCUCCCUCCUGACCAGAUUGUUGCCUCACCCGCGGGUGGAAAAGGACAGGUGGACAACUCGUGCCUACGUUAUGCUCUCACCGCAGUGCCUGCCACAAACCUCAUCUUUGGAAUCAUUAACCAGACCUGCACGCCAGCUGUAGCUUUCUGCCCAUGUAGCAUGGAUGAUCGGCUGUGUUUAAAUUGCCAGCUGGUUGAGGCUGGAGCCUGUGAAUGCCCUUGUGAAUGUCCACUCUCUUCUCUUCCUUGUACCGUCCCUUCAGCCGAUCCUCCAGUAUCUUCCACCCAGAUGCCUUCUGCUUUGGCUUCCUACACCAACUUCACAGAGUCAGUUGAUUACCUCUGGCAGUCAUAUGUUGAGCCAAGACCUGUGAGCAGCCCCUCAGCACCUCGAGUCUUGCAUCUGCCUCGGGUCUUAGAAUUGGCAACCAGGCCCCCACAUUUAGCUCCCACUUGCAGCCGCACUCCCGAGGCAGCUGUACCUCUCCAGUACUCCAUUGGUUUAUUAGCUCACUUAGACCCCUGUGUCCCUGUGUCCUGUGCCACACACCUGGAAUACAAGUCAUGUUUAGGUGUUGUUGGGUGUGUCUGGUGUUCCAGAAAUGGGGAUGGGCAAUCACCGUUAAAUCAUCCGCACUGCAUGGAAGAACACCAGUGUUAUGGGGGGGUGCUAGGUGGGCCCUCACCUUACCCUCAUGGACUGGCAACCCUUCCUCACUCAGACAAUACACAUGGGGGUUCUGGAAGCCCUAUAGGGCCAGUUGCUGGUGGGAUCAUGGCUGUGUUCUUAGUGGUAGCAUUGGCAGUGUACUGCUAUAGGCAACAUGUGGGGGGAACGGGGAGGUCCCUUUACACUCCAGCUAACUUCCAGUCUCGUCCCCAUCCCAUAUAUCAGCCAGAACACAAUCAUGAAAUUGAUAAUGUAGAGGAAGAUUUAGUGGGAGAUGUAACUGGUGUUAGCCUAGGAGCAGCAGCUACAAUAAGCCCUUACCGUAUGAAUCCAGGAUAUCGAAGACCUCCAGGCCAAGCAGACUCCAGUGAUCAUGGUUAUUCAACAAUGACUCCACAUGAUGACUCUGAAAAUUUGAACUAUAUAGAUUUAGGGGGUAUUGCUGGAUUACCUUCUCUUUCGGCAACACAAAUGUUGGAUGAUCCACCCUCAUCAUCUGGAUGGUCACCUCCAUCAUCUCCAACACCACAGGACAGGGGUGGAAGUGUGAGUGUGGAGGAGGAACCAUCUGACUACUCACAUACGCUGUUACCAUCUCGUAAACAUAUGGGACCUAACAUUAUUGUUGUACCGGUUAUAGUGCACAUGGUUGACACAGUAUGAAUUUAAUUUCUAAGUAUGAUUCAAUUUUUAUAUAUUUAUUAUGUCUGGGGAAAAUCAGAAGGGCAACUGAGAGUGGUGGGUUAUUGUCGAAAAUCAGAUGCUUGUUAUUACUAAGAGCAUGUCAUUGGUAAUAAGUGUACAGUAUAGAAUUGUUCUUUCAGUAGGUUCAUAAUUUGGAAUGUGAUAUCAACACACAUGUAUCACAUUGCAGUACUCUAAGUAGCUACAGCAAGGUUAUUUUAGUCCAUGGCAGCUGGAAAAGGAAUACUAGCCAUCUUCAGGAAUAUGUGGUUCCAUUCUUGAGAGUCCACUUUAGUCCCAUUAGUGCUUUAUUAGAGCAUGUGUGUAUAAGGUGCACAAAGUGUAUUUACCUCUUGUAAAUUAUAAUGUUUUUAAGAGAGACUAGUUUUAAACAUAACAUUUGUGUAGAUGUGGAAGUUUGAUGUGGUUUAGGUUUUAUAUUUAGUAGGUUUUAAUAUAACAGUUUAUCUAGUCUGUAGCUGCAGCAAAUGAUAUGAUUUUUACUUCCUAAUUUAGAAUCCAAAUUGAUUAUGGUAGCUAACUGCUGCCAGCCAGUGGGAUAUCCUCUGACAAAACCAAAGAUUAUUCUUGAUAGUGGCAUUAAUGAAUGUGCCAUCAUGACUUGGAUCAUUCCAUUUGGAUUGACUUCAUGGUCAUUGCUCAGUUACAAAUAACUAAUCAAAAUAAUGACCUUUGCUUUUUUGGAUGUUUUUUUAUACAAUCAAGACAAAACUUAAAUGAAUUGUUUAACAGUUGUGAAUAUGACAGUCAGUAAAUGUUUUAUAUCACAAACCGAAUGCAUGUUCUUGUGUUUGUUUUUUAAGUGAUUAUGAUUUUAUAUAAAUGUAUACAUAUACACAGUAGUCUGUCCAGCAAAGACAGUUAGGUUCAUCUGUUGCAGGAAAAGCCAUAGUUUGGGCUGGAUGAAUUCUGUUUAGAUUCUUCUUGUAUGAUUUCAGUACAUUUUUACUGUGAGACUCAGGAUGUCUUGGACUGUGUAUUUUGCUCAAAUUUAGUGUCACCUACUGGGUCACAUUCCGGGUUUGAUGUGCCAUGUUAACACAGAAUUCGAGUCACUUAUAAUUUGGUCACAAUAUAUAUUUUUUCUGCCAAUGAACAUAAUGUAUAUGGAUUUUUAUUUAUUUACGUUUACAUUUUUCAAUGUGUAUUACAGUUAGCAUUUAGAUUCAUAUAUUUUAUAUAUAUAUUUUGUGUUCAUGUGUGAAUGUUUCCGAUACAUUUAUAUUCUUUUGUGUUUGUAAGAUAUAAUAUAUUUUCCAUACACCCCCAUUUUGGUGCACUUCUUUCCUUUUAAAUCAGUAGUUCUGUGUAAACUGAUUGAGUAAGCAUUCCAUCAGUUUGAAUAUGUUGAGUCAUAACUUGAAAAUCAGUUUCUCUAAUUACUUAUUAUAUUUUUUCAAUCAUUAUAUUAAUUUCUUAAUUAAAAAAAGCCAUCUCUUCUGAAGUUCCCUAAGUAAGGCAAAAUGAUUUGGUCAAUUCUAUAUCUACCCCAACCAAACAAUAAUAAGUAUAAAUGAGUAUGCGAGUACUGCCUUCUUGACCUGAAGGUUUUUCUGAAAGAAUCAUGCUUGAUUCAUAUAGUGGAGUAUAAUACUCGGUCAGCAUCACAUGGAUACUGGAAUUAAUUGCUUGUUUGGGAAGGUACUUAGGGACUUUUCAAAGCCAUUGUAUAAGAAUUAAUGGAAACUAGAUUGAAAAUAUAUAACCAUUCGUUCUUAAAGUGUUGAGCACUAUUGGAAGAUUUUCUUGACUGCCAUUGCUACUGAGAAGUCUGUGUCAUUCUCUUUUACAUGGGUUUCUGUAGAUUUUUCAUACCAGGUUGUACAGUAAAGCUCGUAAGUUUUUGUUGUAUAAACAGGUCCACUGGGAAAUGAUUAUUGAAGAUUUCUAAGUGAUAUGCUGGAUCUUAAAUUAGAGUAGCUAUAUAAUGCAUCAUUCACCAUUUUUAAAGAUGAAUUGAUACACUUAAUUUUGAGGGAACAGUUAAUGAUACAUGCUGAGAAUGCUUUUGCCUGUGAAACUAUUUAGACUUUCUCCCUCCUACACUUUGUACAUUGUGUGAAGUCUCCUGCUUGGGAAUAUGUUCAUAUUCUUGCAUUUUUGUGUGCUUCCUGUGUGAUGUCAUUCUUGUACACUAAUCUACAGUUUAUCUGUAUCCACAUGCAUCAGUGAGUGUGAUGAAAUGCUGGUACGUAUGUCAAGAAAGUUAGAUAUAGUUAUUGCAUAUCUUAUUUUGUCUUAGAAUAUAGUGCUAUUUAUAGUUUUUAAGCUUUGAUACAAAGUAUUUGGUUCCUUUACUGUAUUUCACAUUUUUACAAAUUAAAUAUGAAAAAGAAAUAAUUAAUAUGUAUCUUAACUUCGCAUUUAUAGAAAUUAAUUACCAAUAUAAGAUGUCGCUACAUACUUGGGCACUAAGAAAAGUUUGCCUUUACUGGUGUACAUUAAAGUAUCUGCAAGGUGUUAAUUUUGAAAUGGAUGAAGUUGCUGUUUUAUAGAUAUUAUCAGUAAAAAUCUGAUAUCUACUGCUGAUACGUAAAAAGUGGGAAAAAAACUUCUUUUAUUAAGAGACGUUUAUGGAGGAAUUUUGGAAUGGUGACAGACUACUGUUUGGUUGUAGAAUUAUUAUUUUUUUGCUGAACAAGGGAAUAAGUAAACAUUGACCCGCUCUUUCAUAAAAAGAUUCAAGGGAGUUUAGAUGUUUGAUAAAGCUCUGAGACUCCCUUAUUUGUAACUUCUGCAGAACUUUACACCCUGAGUGAGCUUUUGAUUACGUGUAGUAAUGUGACAAUAAUAUACAAUAAUGUAUUGUAUUGUAUUCCUGAAUAUAGUUAAGUCUGUGAAUGACUUAUUGUUCAUUAAUAGAAAAGCAUAUAGGUAUGCAGCCGUUUCUCUCACUCUCUCUCUCUCUUUUAUUUGCGUUGCAUCAGUUUAAUUUACAUGAUUGAUUUAAGAGAUUGUGAACAUUGGAGAGAUUUGAUAUUGAGGUGGAAAUCUGAGAUCAUUUUUGAAAGUUCAAAUAUACAGUGGUAAAUUUGUAGCAGUUUUUCAGGACACAGAUCAGUAACUUAUUUUAGACCUGCUUUUCUUGUGGCUUUGAUUUUUAUUUUAAACAUGUAAAUGGCAGCUGAUAGGGUUAUUGUUAUUAAUUUCAUCAUUAAAAAAAAGGAUGCUUAUCUUCUCUCUUCAUGCUAUUUAUAUAAGUUUUGCUAGUGAAACUAGUGUGUCUUCCAGUCAAGCAGUUUUAGUAUAAAUAUUGACAGUCUGCACAUUGAACAGAUAUCAAGCGACACAAACUGCUGAUAAUUCUUUCUCUGCAAAAAAUUCCACAUAAGCAAUUGUCAAAGUGAGAAGUGAGGGAAUUAAGGAAGGAAGGAAAG